AUGCCAAAAUCUUUUAAGAGAAAAUAUAUUAAAUUAUGUGAAAAUUAUGAUUCUUUAAUUGAAAAAUCAGAAGACCUUCAACUACAAAUUGAAAAAGCUAAAGUUAUUGCAAAUCGUAUUUCUUCAGAAAAUACACACUUGAUGGACCUUCUUCUAGAUCAAGAAAAUGCAUAUAUAAACUCCUCUAUUUCAUCAGAAUUAGAAUCAGCAGAAGAAUCAAAUACAGAAACAGAUUCAUUGAAAAAUCAUAAUAGUGAAAGUGAUAUAAGCAGUUAUUAUCGAAAUGGAACGCCGCCUCAUUUACUUUCCUUAAGCCCCCAUUGGGAUUAUUCACCGGUAGAAAUCAUAGAAGAAGAAAAAGAUGAUCAAAGUCGAUCCAUUUUAUCCACAAAUUCGCUUCUUUUAUAUGGAAAAAAAGAAAAAAAAAACACCGAUUAAUCUGAUAAUACGUAUAAGAUGUCUUCUCAUAAUAUAACAUUAUAUAAUAUAUUGAUAAUUUUUUCAAAAAAGAAUUAAUACUAUUUUUUUGAUCGGCUUCUAGAUAUUCGGGUCGUAGAUAUAUAGCUAUGGUUUCCUUCAGAUACAUGUUUAUUUUUUAAUCUCGAACGUGCUCUUUUAUCCUAUUAAAAUGAAUAAGAUACUUUAAAUGUAUUUUGGAGCAAACUUUUACGCCUGUUCUUGUUUUCUUCCUGGGAAGAUCAUCGUCAUCAUCAUCAUCAUCGUUAUCGUCAGAUCGAUCACGUUUCCAAUCUGUCUUUUCUUCAUUCAUUUCUAGCUCACGUUUGACGGAUGUAAGAAGUGUUGCACAUCUUCUUUGCAAUUCCAAAGCAGUUCGACUUUUAAAGAACCAAUCAAAUCUAAAUAAUGGUGAUAUUCGGAUUUCUUCCCGUAAACGUUCAUAAACAUCUUCUGUUCCAAGUCCGUAUUCAUUUAAUUUAACAAGAAGAAAUCGAUCUUCUUCUUCUGUAUAAGAUUUUCCCUUAUUUUGAUUAUAUAUAAUUUUUAAUUGUUGCAAUGGAGCACGAUAUUGUGAAAUUUUUUCAUGAAGAAGCUUCGUUUGACGAUCUUGUUUUUGAAUUCGUCCUUCUCCUGCUUCUAUUUGGCCAAUAUAGCGUUCAUACCCUUCAAAGAUUAUAUAUGAUUUCAC